CUUAUAUUUCACAGAGUGCCUUUGUUAUGCUACUGAGUUAGAUCUUCCCAUGUUUCAUAAUUUGGCUCUCUUAAACUUUGAUGUUGGUGGUUGUUUGUGGCAUGUGCUCCCACACUUGCUUCAUCGGGCUCCUAAUCUUGCAGUACUUGUCUUUGAGAAGGAAUGCGAUGAGGAAGAUACUUCCAUAAUAGAAUGGAUGUCCUAUGAGGACGUUCCUAUAUGUAUAUCAUUGCACCUCAAGACAUUUCAUUUUAUAGGAUUUAAAGGGUUAACGUAUGAGCUGGAAUUUGUUGGACAUAUCCUUAAGACGGCAAGAUUCUUAAAGACGAUGACAGUCUCUUCUGCUGAUAUAGAUUCAGAGGAGUUUCGUGUUCUCAAGGAGUUAUUGAUGUUACCAAGGGAAUCCAGGACUUGUCAAAUUGCAUUUAGCUGAAGUAUAUUUCAUUAUCAUUUCUCUCUGUUACUAAAGCACUGUAUUUGGUUCAUUUGAAUCAAGGCAGGUAAAAGUAGGAAAGAGAAAUCCAACAAGUCUGAUUUACUGUGCUUUUAAGUAGUGAUGUUGCCUUGUUCUUUUAAUUCAUACCCAAGUCUUGGAAAAUGUUGUUAACCUAAUUUUAUUUUAGUAGGAACAAUAUGACAGAGCUGCUGAUGUUAAAAUCAAAAUAUAUUG